UUUAUCUUCUUCUUAUUCUUCUUCUUCCACCAUUCCUCUUCAUCGCCUUCUUGUUAGAUUAUUCUUAUACUUUUAUUCUUCAUAGUGGUGCAACUAUGGAUGAAUCUCUCUUUUUGCCUCCUGGCUUCAGAUUCCACCCAACAGAUGAAGAGAUCAUAACCCAUUAUCUGUUUCAGAAGAUUGCCGAUCGAAACUUCAAAUCCAUAGCCAUUGGAGAAGCAAGCUUCAACGAGAGCGAGCCAUGGGAUCUUCCAGGUAAGGCUAAGAUGGGAGAGAAGGAAUGGUACUUCUUUUGUCAAAAGGAUAGGAAAUAUCCAACAGGGAUGAGAACAAAUAGGGCUACAGCAACAGGAUACUGGAAAGCUACAGGGAAGGACAAGAAGAUCUUUAAGGGGAAGGGAGUGCAUGUUGGGAUGAAGAAGACUUUAGUUUUCUAUAGAGGAAGAGCUCUAAGAGGGCAGAAGACUAAUUGGGUCAUGCACGAGUAUAGACUUGAAGGAACACAGCACCAAUACUGUAAUCUCUCUUAUUACACCGAUGAAUGGGUUGUUUGCAAGGUGUACCAUAAAAAGAAUUCAGAGAUAAGCACAACAGUAGAAUCAGAAGAAAGAAUGAACCCUUCUUCUUCCGUGGAUGAUGAUCUUUCUGUUGAGACAAAUUAUUUUCCUCCUCUAACCAACUCUCUUUACCUCAAAAACUCAAGUAGUAAAUUCAUGGAGGACACAAAUGAACCAGGAAAUGAAAUGAUCCCUUCCAUGCUCUUCGAGUUGAUGCGGCCAGAGUCGAUGGUGAUGAGCUAUAAUCUUCCAGAUACAGGAAUAUGCUCAGAGAGGAACAUAGAGAAGAAUAUUGACAGCUUUCAAUCACAUGAUCAUGAUCCUUGUGCAGCUGUGCAAGCUGUUGACUUUGAUGGUUUAUGGGAUUAUGGUUUGUUUUGAGGAUAUGAUUCUUUUUUUUUUUGUAUUUUUAUGUGGUUUCAUGUCUGUAUAUAUAUGUUAUUAUGCCAAAAGGGAAGGCUUAUUCCAAAUUAUGA